AUGACAGGGUUUAUCAAAGAUGGUGAACCUCAUUGGAAUGUUGUCGUUCCAGGUAACCUUGGAACUUGGUCGUCUGUUAAUUUGAAAGGGUCAACUGAUGGUUCACAUUAUUUAUUAAGAGGUGUUGAGAUUUUGCUGGAAGGAGAUUCUGCCUCUGGAAUUUCUGAAGUUUCUGAUUAUGAAGAGAGUGCUGCUUACAGUGAUUCUAUUGAGUAUGACUCUGAGUUGAUCUUUUCAAUAUUUGCUCAUGCAGUUGCUGGGAAAGAUUAUGUUCAUUCUGUUGAAGUUUGGGUUGAUUUGGUCGAUGAGUUCGGACUUCAAAAAAGAGAUGCUCACAAGUAUGAGUUAUCUGCCACUAUUGUUAUUGAUGCUUCUAUUUCAUCCUCUACAUCAGCAUCAUUAUCCGGAACUAGUACUUCUAGUGAUACAGCUGAGUCCAAAUCUACUGGUGGUAUCUCCUCAACUUCAAAAGUUCAAACUACUGAUACUUCAAGCUCCAUUCCUACAAGUGAAGGUGAUGGUGCAUCAAGAACUCAAGUGUCUAAUGUUGGCUCUGUUGUAUCCUCAGUUGCUUCUGAUUUUCCAUCAACUACUAUUAUCACCAUCACUAGUUGCUCCAAUGGUGUCUGCUCCAAAGUUCCCGUUACUACUGGUGUUGCUGUCGGAACAUUAACAACUGAUCAAAUUGUUAAAACAUUUACAACUUUAUGCCCAUUGUCCCCAACGACAACUGAAAAGAUUAGUGGAGGAGUUGAAAAUUUGCGCCCUGGUUCAAGUGUCACGUUAAAAUCCACAAUAACUGCGUUAUCUACAACUGUUGUUACUUUAACUGCUUGUGACAGUGGGGUUUGUUCCAAGAUGCCAACCACUACAGGCGUCAGUGUUGCUACUAAAACUAUCAAUGGGGUUGAAUCAUUAUUGACAACAUUUUGUCCUUUAACCACAACAGUAACCAUCACAGAAAACCAUGAUUCUUCCCCUUCAGCCUCUACAGUUGAUAAUAGUUUCCAUAUUGAUGCUGAUGAUUUUGAUAAUGUUUUCGUUUCUGGUACUGGAUUGGCUUCUGAUGAAUUUCCACAAGAGACAACGAUCAAUGAAAAUCCAAAUUCCACGGGUUCUAAUGGGGCUCCAAACUCUGCGACAGUAACAUCAGAGAUUGGUGGAGUAUCAAAUGCUUUCAAUGAGGGUUUCACAACAACUGCGUUACAAAAAGCUUCAUCAACUGUGUCUCAAGAGACAAGUGCGACUUUUGGUUCUGAUGGUACACAGUCAGCAGCAUCUAUUAGCACAUACGAGGGUGAUGCCUCAAAGAGUAUAAUUUCAUUAGGAUCUUUAUUGGCUGCUUGUAUUAUUUUGAUUUGA